GCUCGAUUGCGCAUGACUCGCAGACUCAAUUGCUGUUUGCGAAAGUACGUGCAGCAGCCGGUGACACGCGUAGUGGCCGCAAACACAGCAUUUAUUCUGGUUCUAGACCAGAGCACGCAACAACGUGGAUGAAAGGGGCACCAAAAGGGUGCACUUGCCAAACAAACAAGUGGCUAAGUCUUGGACGGAAAGUCAAGCGAUGUGCCGCACACACAGUAAUUUGCACAACAGGAAGUCAGCGCGUGCGUGAUGGCGCGUUUAGCACACGUGCAUGCGCCAGCACCAUGUUCACGUGAGUCGGCUGGCCAUUUCCGGACCGCGGUUUUUCGUUCUCUCUGUGCAAUGCCGAAUUGGAACAUUCGCGUCUUAGUCAUCACGUUGUCUUCGCUGAGUGCAAGUGAAUUCAAGCUUAAGGCUAUAUUCAUUUCUACUGUGUGGACAUAUCGGGAUGCCAACUACAAGUACAAAUUCUGUGUUACUCUAUUAAGAGAUGCCUCUGCAUCUGGAAGAGGCCACAACAGUGAAUGAUCAGCUGCAGUAUCAGCCAGCGACAACAUACAAAUACUAGCUCAUGCAACCAGACCUUCCAUAAGUGUGGUGAAUCUGCCAUGCUCCGCGCGCAUACGGAAGAUCUGGCUAUGCCAAACCUACUGUACUACAAAACAGGUUUAGGAAAAGUGCAGAUGGAAACACAUAGUGCAGAUGUAGACAGGCGUGUGAAAGAGCUGCCGUCCAUUUUGGUCUUGUUCCAGAGGCUGUUGCUGGUGGACACAGCGCUGCCGGUUACUACGAGAAUAUGUUGCGUACAGGAAAGCAUCUUUUUUUGGAACUCAUGGUAAUAAUUCAAAUCUUAAAGGAGAACACUCACCAAAUACCAAAACUUGUUGAAAGAAAGAUACAAGGCCUGGCAUCUUCCUGCAGGAAACCUACGGUCCAGACAGCCACAGAAGCAGAGAAACAGCAACGAGUUGUUCAGACGAUUCCCCGUAUGUACACAAAGUCUUACUCUCUCGAAGUAACUACUUUAGGUUUAACCUUACCAAGUGCUCCUAACGCACCCAAAAUUCAGCGAGACAUGAUCUAUGAGCUAAUCUAAGAAGGGUCUCCUUCUGAGGUUGUAUUGCCACAGUCGAUAUUUGCGUGAUAACUUUGGGGUCCCAGUUUGCUUUAGUCAAUAAAUCACAACUUGACACCAUAUGUCUCACAAUCCUUACCUUGAAAUGUGUACAGAUAUUGGUCUUCCUUGCUAAAUAGGUACGCGUAUGCUACAUACGGGUACUAAACACGCCUACGCGGGUAAUUUCAAUGCUUUAUUUCUUCGUUACCGUAUUAGAACUUCUGCAGUAAACGAUUGCAAAGGGUUGUGUCAUGAAGUGACAGCUUUCAUCUGAGAGAUUGUUGAUUUUGGUGAGAGUUCUCCUGUAAGUCAUCUAGACGAGAGAUUGUAGUUCGGCAAAUGUUUGCAAAGUUUAUCAAGUUUCAUCCAUACAUUUGUUUUAAUCAAAAUGAACGAGAUGCUCAGCUCUCCCUUGUGUGUUUCAAAUUGAGAACAGUGCAUUGUCAGAUGAUCCAGCUGUGUGCUCACUUUGUAAACAGAUUAUUGAAGAAAUACGGAAAAAACAUGAAAUAAUGAAACAAAAUCCUAUUCGUUGGCUGGCAUUAGAUCAUAUUAUUCAUCUUCGUAAUAAGGAUUUAUCAUCAGGACUUCCAUUGAGUCAACUACAGGAUGAAGCAGAGAAAUGUGAUAUUAAAGGUGAAGAGUUUAGUGAGGCUCUUGGUAAUCUCAAUGAUUCUGGAGUUGUAUCUUAUUCAAAUGAGAGCAGUCUAAAGGAUUAUGUUAUUAUUGAUCCACAAGCAUUGAUCGAUGCUCUCAUUGCACUGUUGUCUAUUCCAGCUUUUCAGAAUCGUGGCCUACACUUCUCUGGCUGGCAUCGACUGGAGAAGGAUGGGAUUGCUUCAUAUGAAUUACUCAAACAUGCUUGGAGAAACCUUAGAGAUCCAAUUGAUAUUCUUGUCAAGUUUUUUCAAUAUUAUGGCAUUAUUUAUGAACUAGCUUCUAAUCAGUCCGAGCGAUAUUGUUCAGUUAUAUCUUGUUUGCCAUGCAAACUAUCUUCUGAUGCUUGGAAUGAGCCAUACAAUGAAGAUGCCCAUGAGAGAGAAUGCAGGUCAAUCUAUGUCAGAUUUCAUGAUGUAUCUGAUCCACAUCAAUCCUAUUUCUAUGUACUUUUUAACUAAAGCGCGUUUGCAAGCAGAGUUGGCUCAUCAUUGCAAAGUUCACUGGUCAAGGACUGGAGGUGUCUUUGCCUUUUACUUCCACACAUACGACAUUGUAGUGCCAUAUAAACUGGAAUAUAUUGAAGAACUGUUCAAACUCACCAUCCAACAGUGUCACUAGUUAAUGGAAGGGGCCAUACUUCGAAAGCUAUGGGAGAUGCUCGAGGAGAUUGAAAGCAAAUUCUUUCUUUCAGUUCAAUUUGAAUCUUUACUUCUCACCAAACGUUGGGAGAGAGCUGUUAUUGAACAAGACAGUUUACAUAUUCUUCCACUGGCCACAAGUGGACAGACAGGCAACACAACUGAUUCUACCGAAGACGCAGUAAAGCAGUUUGUAAGAUGUCCAACUUUGUAUUGCAAUUCUUGUGAUGUGCCAUUAACGCACAGCAACGUAGAAAGAUGGCUACAGAUCAGUCAAACUCGGCCAUUUGUGCAACGUGCAGCACAGAGAAUAUGGCAAGCCAAGAAUGCUGGUCCUCUGUAUUCUGCUGGAGGAGAAGUCGUUUCUGAUGAUGUGCUUGAACUGAUUGCUAAUCAGUUAAUAAACAGAGAGUGGUGGCGACUGGGGCGAUGUUUGAAACUAUCAGGAUGUGUCAUCAGUGAGAUAGAAUACAAGAACGGGGGUGGUAAUCUGAGUGGCCGCUGUAGGGAUAUCAUGAUGUUAUGGAAGAGCAGGGAACGCUCUGAUGCCCUUGGAUUUAAUUUGGUCAAAGCUCUGCACAAGGCCGACUUGCGUCAGUUGGCAGAUCGAUAUAUACAGUUGUAAACAGAUUGAUUACAGAUAGACAGUAGAUAUUAUAUACACACGUAGUCAAGUUGGAAAUGUGGUAGAUCGAAGUGUUCCAUUACCGCAAGAGUUUGGCUUGUAAAAUGGCAUAAAUGAGCAAACAAGA